AGAAAAUAUUUUACGGAAGUGUUGGUAAUUCGAAGCGCAAAUGUAUGUGUAUCGCUCAACUUGUGGAAUUUCUCAACAAAACUCAGCGUGAUCCACGCUUGAAUGAGAUUCUACAUCCUUAUGCGAACGCAGCUAGAGCCAAGGAGCUUAUACAGGAGUAUGAGCCGAACAAGUUCAACGCCCAAAAAAAUCAGUUGAGUUUAGAUGGCUUCCUGAGGUACGUACUUAAUGUCAGACGACAAUCCCAUUGUGGCGCCUAGCAAAUUUGACUUAUGUGACGACAUGGACCAGCC